UGACCAGAAACACAACCACUUUCUUAGAACUAGUUUCACUAAAGUCAUGGCUCUUGGGAAGGAGGUGCCAGACACAACUCAGAGAAGCUGAGAAAUGGGAGGGGGUGAAGGUGGGUCAGCACUGCUAUUCAAGGCCAACAAUGGGGAUUUGCAUAGUAUUGUGAUUGCAGAUUGAACAUUAAUAUCAUGCCUGCAAAAAAACUAAACUCUGUUGUAUACUUAAUGUGCAAUUAAAUUCAACAAGAUCAGCAGAUGAGUGUUGAAUGUAGAGCAAACAUAGAGAGAUGUAAAUGGCAGUGUUUUGUGUCUCAUCACAAUACAUUGAGAAGUUCCUUGUGUGAAAAUGUGUUUGUUUGUGCCUCCGGCUGAAAAUAUACUGUCAAAACAGAACAAUUUGUGCGAAACUACACAUCACAGACUUUGUGAGAUGAAACACUGUACACAGCACUUGUAUCUCGUAUCUAAGUGUUAAGAGUGUGAAACUUGAAAAAUCCUUUGUUUGUCCCUCUGCUUGUGGCUCUAUGCAAGUCUGUAAGUGCUGAAUUCAAGCUUUUCAAGUACAGGCCCAUUCCCACUGCCAUUGUUACACAUGUAGUGUGGACUGUCCAUGGGCUGGGAUGAAGGUGGGCAGGAGGUGGUAAUGUGGGGGAGGUGACCAAGGACGCAGAUAAGAGGGGGGAGGUAGUCCGAAUACAGGGUUGUGUAUCCGACUUGGUGAGCUGGUCAGUCACUGGGAAGUCUGUUGUUGUUUCAUUUUGAUCAUGGCUACUGUUCAAACUGAGGUCUCACUGUGCUCAAGAACUUGGCAAAGGCCCUUCCACAUAUAUGGGGGUCUGGCGUGCAACUCACUGAUGGCUGGUAAGUUUUUUUCUUAGUCUUUCAGUUCUUUUGUGUUUUGAUGGAACUUGUCACAAAACUGAAUCAUGUUGUGAUGUGGCUUAAGUAAUAAAGUCUUUGUAAUUUUUUUCUGUGGGUUUUGACAAUUACAUUUAUAAAGCUGAAAUCCUGAAAUCUUUCUUUGCAGUGGUCAACAAAACUGAGCAGGUAUUGUUCAGUGUUUUGUUGGCUACUGCAAAGUAAAGUUGGGACAACUCUGAAAAACAAGGUAAACAUGUUUACAGACGGAGUCACCUCAACAUUAAAAAAAAGAGCAUGAUCAGUUGGGCCCACCUGUAAACAUGGACUUUGCUGAUUUUGUUGUUUGUGUGUCUCCAGACACCAGCUCGGACAGAACUCCUCUCCACGAAGCUGCCUACCAGGGAAGACUGCUCCAGCUCAGAAACCUCAUCGCUCAGGGCUUCUAUGUGGACACACUCACCAUGGACAUGGUCUCCCCCCUGCAUGAGGCUUGUCUCGGUGGUCAUUACGCUUGUGCCAAGGUCCUGCUGGACAAUGGGGCAAAUGUGGAGACAGUAUCAACAGAUGGUGCCACACCUCUCUACAACUCUUGCCGGAGUGGAAGUGCUGCUUGUGUCAGGCUCAUCUUGAAGCACAGCACCUUCAUUGGCACCGCCUACCAGCUGGCAUCACCCAUUCACGAGGCCGCGCGUAAAGAUCACAGAGAGUGUCUGGAGCUGCUGCUGACCUACGGAGCUCAUAUUGACAUAGAGCUGCCAGUGGUGGGGACACCGCUGUAUUCUGCCUGCAUGGCCCGGGCUGCAGCCUGUGUAGACGUCCUGCUGCGCGCAGGAGCAGACGUUGAGGUCGGCUGUGGUCAGGACAGUCCCUUACAUGCUGCGGUUCAAGGUGGGGGGGCGAACAUUGUGGACAUUCUGCUGGAAUUUGGGGCCGACAGGUGUUGUAGGAACGCAGAUGGAAAAACUCCUCUGGAUCUGUCGAUGCCAAACACUGCAGUAAGAGCGGCACUGCUGAAAAGAGGUCCCUGCUCUCUGUCCCAGCUGAGUCGUUUCUGUAUUCGGAGAAGUCUGGGAAGAACUCGUCUUCACAGAGUGUCCAGCCUUUUCCUUCCUCACAGAAUCCAAAAUUUCCUCCUCUACCAAUGAGACAACCUGCUUCUGCUUUUAUUUUUUCAACCUGCUCUA